ACAUAUUUCUUUGAAAAUUUAGUUUUGUGUAUAUAUUUAUUUAUUCUAAGAUAUAAAAAUGCUUCCCCUGUUGAUAAAAGGCAACUUUAUGCCUGGAAUAUCUCACACAAUUCAAAUUAUUACCAAGCAAAUGCGACCUUUACCAGCUGCAGUAGCAUUGAAAGCUCAACUACCUGAUGUUGCCCAGAAAGCAGUUACUAAACCACCUUCUGCUGUACCAAUGGCAACUGUUUCUAUUUUUGGGGCUCCUUCAGUAAGAUAUGCGCACACUGAUGCUGCAGUUCCUGAUUUCAGUGCCUAUCGACAGAAACUUAAAGAUGAUGUAAGCGAUUUUAGAAAGACAGAAGAUGAACGGAAGCUCAGAACCAAGACAUAUCAUUAUGCCAUUUCAGCUGGAGUGUGCAUGGGAGGAGUUUAUUUGGCCAAAUCUGCGGUAACUAUGUUCCUUAAAACAAUGAGUGCUUCAGCAGAUGUUCUUGCUCUUGCAUCAAUAGAAAUCCCAUUGUCCGAAGUUCCUGAAGGAAAAAGCAUUACUUUCAAGUGGCGAGGAAAACCUCUUUUUGUUCGCCAUCGGUCUCCUGAUGAAAUUGAGAGAGAAAAAGGAGUUAAUGUUGCAGAGUUGAGAGAUCCACAGCACGAUGCUGAGCGUACUCAGAAGGAAAACUUUUUAGUUGUUAUAGGAGUUUGUACCCAUUUAGGAUGUGUCCCAAUUGCCAAUGCUGGUGACUUUGGUGGUUACUAUUGUCCAUGCCAUGGUUCUCAUUAUGAUGCGUCUGGUAGAAUUCGAAAAGGGCCAGCACCAUUGAAUCUUGAAGUUCCAGAAUAUUCCUUCAUUUCCGAUGAUAUUAUAAAAGUUGGUUAAUGACUUAUGCCUGACCAUUUUUAUACAUCACAUGUUAUUGCGAAGUCAUUUAGUAUAAAAAUAUAGGGAAAUAUUGUCAAAAUAAACCAGGAUUUUGAAUUUUGUUAUAUUUUUGGACUGUUGUAAGUUGUAACUUUAUGUUUCCAAGUAUUAGAAACACCUCUAAUUUAAAUAAAGCUGUUUCAUGGAAUAUUGGUUGUUGAUUCUUUUCAUAUUUCAAAUUAGUUUCAAUUUUGAAUAUUUAUAAUUUCUAUAUUCACUCCUGAAUAAUAUUGUUUUAAAACAACAUUUAAUCGGAAAUUACUGUCUGGAAUAAUGAGAUUAAUAUUGGAGCAAUCUGUUGACUAAAUAUGAGGUUAAAUUAUUUUGCAUAUGAUGUAUGUAUGGAUUAUAUAUGUUCCACUCAAUGAUGUUAUUAACAAAUGUCUUGUUUAAAAUUGGACUUGAAUAUUAGAAACUCUUGACUUUUCAUUAGUGCUUAAUUAAUAUAUUGUUUGUUUUUUGAACGUAGA